AUGUCUAUCCACUGUCAACUGCUAAUACUGAUACUUCCACUGACUCUUGGUAUCCAAGUUCAUACAGGGGAACUCAUUGAAUGUCAGGAGGCUGUGCCACAUAGCAGACCCUACAUGGUGCAUAUGGAGCGGAGCAUGCAGGAUGGUGAGACAAGACACUGCGGUGGCUUCCUUCUGAAUGAGGAUUUUGUGAUGACUGCAGCCCACUGCCAAGCCAGUUCCUACACAGCCUUACUAGGAGUUCACAAUGUCAGUAACAGUAAUGGAGUACAGCGUAUAUCUGUGGAGCAAACAUUUCCACAUGAAGACUACAAUGAAACCGAUUUAAACAAUGACAUAAUGCUUCUUAAGUUGAGCACCAAGGCAAAAUUCAGCGCAAAUGUGGGACACAUUGCUCUCGCAGACCAAGGUGAUGGCUCUCUGCCAAAAUCAUGUAUACUCUCUGGUUGGGGAACAACAGUCAAGAAUAUAAGUUAUAUGUCUGCCGUACUCAUGGAAGUCAAUGUAACACUGAAUGACAGUAAGCAGUGUCCUAAUACCAACUUGUACUGCUCUGAGGGAGAAACUGGACCUGGUAAGGGAGAUUCUGGUAUUCCACUGGUCUGUGAAAAUGGAAAGGCGUACGGGUUGGUGUCCCACAACUUCCGACCACCCUCAGGUGGCCCGGAAAUUAAAGGUUGUACCAAAAUUCCUGAACACAGAAGCUGGAUCGAUUCAACCAUUUAA